AUGAGAGAAAUAACGCAGAGUCAUAAAUGUGACAAAAAAAGAGAAGAGAUAAUUUUGCCUCAAAAGGUUUGUAAGAAAUUUAACGAAAUUGGCGGCAACCUCCUAUCCAGAGGCUUCUACCAGUUAGAAAAACGUCACGUGGCGAUAUACAAACGUGUCAAAUCGGGUCUACCUAGAAGGGAAUCGGAAAGAAAAUCUCACCCGUUGGCCAGGUACAAUGACAUUCUACAAGCCGUCGAAACCAGGCUGAGCAUGAUGAACAUGACUUAUCUGAGAUAUAUCGAGAAUGGACAGAUUUGUUUUAUUCCUGGCAAGGUUUUAGAUGAGACAAAGAGAAUUUUGGAUUUGGUCCAGGGCGACGGAACUCCGCCAAGAGCUCAUGUGUUGCUACAAGAGCUACGAGACUUGAGCAGUAUGGCUAUCGAACAUUUUGACGAGCACAUAUUGCCUAAGUGCAGGGACGAAAUUCAAAAGAAAACAGGUAUCCAGAUUUUCAGAAAUUCAGAAUUUCACUAUUUACAAUUUGCUGCCCAACUGCAGAGGGAAUUGUUAGAACGUACGACAUCCGCAAGGAUGGUGUUGCAUGAACCCCUCGGGCAACCAUUCAGCUUUGAAAAAAUGCUAAAAUUGAAAAGGAUUUCGAAAGACCACAAAUAUCGAAUCACGUAUUUGACGCAAAAUACACAAAGAUUAAAUUUAAAGCUGCGCCGACAAAACAACAAACUCCGCCUCCAAUCUGCCAAACUCCGAGAACACGAACACAAACACCAAGAACAAGAGCGCAAACUUCAAGAGCAAAACACGAAAAUCCUGGAACAAGAUGCCGCUCUGAGCGACAUCAAAAAACACAUGGAAGAAUGGGACCAAAAAUACAAAGAUUUGACUGCCGAGCUGGUGCGAGCCCGCGAGGAAAUUUUACUGAAAACUUCGUCCAGCCAGAGUUCGCCCAAUUUGAACAGCUCCACUCAACCGCGUACUUUUUUGCCGCAAUUUAAAUCCAACAUAAAACCUAGGAGAACUUAUAUACUUCCUAAGUCAUAUCAAACUUACGAUCCAGAUAGGAAAAGGAAAUCUUCGUUGAGCCCCGAAACACCGAUAAAACGUAGCCGCAGCCCUAAUAUUCCUAUUAAGGCAAAGCCUAGGAAAAGUAUUCAAAAUCUUAAAUUUAAUAUACCCGAUUUGGAGGGUUUUCAAGCAACUGAUCCGAUUUCUACUAAUGUUGAAACCUGCCCCGAAACUGUUGUUAAAGAGAAAACGAAGUUUGUCAGUUCAUUUUUUGAUAAGUUAUUGCACACUAAUAAUACUCGGAAACGGAAAAUUACUGAGGAUAUUGAUUUGAAAUAG